GGCGGGCGGGUGGCACGUAACAAGUGAAACGGCCCCGGGAGCAACAGUCUGCCGCAGCCCGGCCACGCGGCCUCACAUUACCACCAUAAGUGCACUCAACUGGAUAACAACGCGCUCUUCGCGUAAUUGUUAUAUCAAGCUCUUUGAUCGGUACACGCAGAUAAUUAACAGACUGACAUCCUUAAAGUAGAUUCAAAAUCAGUGAAUAAAAUGUCGUGCUUUAUUGGUGAAGUUCUCAUCCCUGACUGAAUCAAGUCGCUUGUGCAGUGUACCCAGUGGGGUGAUGAUGUGAUAUUGUAGUAACGAAGCAAGAACAGACCGCAACAUGCUCCCAACCAACGUGAUGUCUUUUAUGAAGAAGAUGGUGGCGACCGAAGACACGACAAGUACUGUGCCUGGGCAGAUAGAAUCGCCAGGCACUUUCGGAAAACUACGCCAAACACUUUCUUCAUCGUUACUCAACGCCCAAGACAAAGUAACAAAACUAGGCCCAAAACAAGGAGUGACGGAAAGUGCGGUCGAACCAGCGCCGACCCCACCACCAGGCCAGCCGCCGCCCGCCGCGCAACCUAAAACCGAGCGCGAGCCCGGCAAAGCUCCGUCUCGUGCUGGUGCUUGUCGCGUCUGCUUGAAGGCACUGAAGCCUGGUGAGGUGUUUCAUGUCUGCAACGGAUGCCAGCAUCGCGUUUGCGAGGACUGCUCGUCAUAUUCGAAGCCGGCUAGUGACGAUGAAGCGAACUCAUGGAGGUGCUCAGUGUGUCGUCGAAAGGCAGCCCCGCGACUCCCACCGGCCGCGCAGGACAGCACAGAUUCUCUGUUGGAUGUGCCGGUACUGGACGCACUGCAGCGACGACAUUCAGAAGCUCGCCUCGGCAGCGGAGGCUCUGGGUCCGGCCUCGCACCGCCGCGCUCCCCAGAACUGCGUCGGCACUCUGACGUGUCACCGGCCUCACUCAAGGAAUUGGAAAAAUUGAAGGGCGGCGGGAGCGCUACCCCAGCGGCGUCCGAGUCCCGGCGUCCCAGCGCAGCUACCCCAGUGCGCAGACGCUCCGUGCGAGCCCCUCGACAGCGCUCUGUAGACGAAGACCAACACUCUCCCGUGCAUCAGCCUGUUCUGGCUGCACCACCUCCUAUGUCUAGAAGAGCGUCAGCAGUAGAUGUGGUGGCGGGAGCGGGAUCACGUAGGAGCUCCUAUCGCACGGAAGAUGACUCACCUCCCCAAAUAUCGGGACUGAGUGUCGACGAGGACAGACCGAUAAGACGCCGCGGCAGUCAGCUACCAGAUAUAGCUGCGCUACAGCAGCGUACGGGUGCAUUAAGUGCAAUGGCGUCUCUGGCCGGCCGCUGUCCUGAGCCGACCGUCGAUUCUUCAGUCGUGUCAGCCGCGGCUGCAGCCGCUGCUAGGCAGAUGUCCGUCGACGCAGAAGCUAUAAAAAUCGUCAUCCACGACGUCGACGAUCGCACACCGCGACGCGUCAGCCUGCGCCGCGAUCCCAAUGACAAGGGACAUAGAUCACGGGGUUUUGGGAUGCGCGUAGUCGGCGGCAAGCCAGACGCGAGCGGACGCCGCGAGGCCGUCAUAGUGUGGACAGUCCCGGGGAGCCCUGCCGACCUCGCGGGACUUCAGCAAGGCGACAAGGUAUUGGAAUGGGACGGAGUUCCACUGACUGAGCGUAGCUUCGAGGAAGUGUGCGCGGUGUUGGAGCGCGGCGGUGACAGCGUGGAGGUUCUGGUGGAGCCCGCCCCGCAGCUGGACGAUCCGCCGCUGACUACUCAGCCGACGUUACACCAUCACGCAUUAUACGAACCUGAAACCGACAAAUCUCCAUCGUCGCCGACUCGACGGAAAUUGCCGAAAACCCCGGAACAAGACCGCGCGGAGAGGGCUCGUGAGCGUCCAUCGGCACGCGCUCAACUGCAAGUCUGGUUCGAGAGUGAAAUCCGAAAGCUAGUGGUCGUACUCAUUGCAGCCGAUGACCUGCCGCCACGAGACUACACUUUGGGAUACGGCGACGAACCAGAAGCUUUUGCCAGAAUACGACUAUUGCCCUCACUAGAAAGUUGUCCUCCAGUGGAAACCGAUCCAGCUUCAGCAUCAUGCAGCCCCGUGUGGAACGCUACACUGGGCUUCGGAGGCUUAACAGCAGAUUUACUGGCUGGAAGAGCUCUCGAGCUAACUCUCUGGGACGCUUGCCCUGGAAUAGAUCCUGUUUUGAUUGGAGAGUGCACCAUGGAGCUGGAGAAAGCGUUUGCAGAGGAGCGCGCAGUCUGGUGGACGCUGGAGGAGCGCGGGACUCGGUCCGCUAAUGCGUCACCGCGAGGCUCGCUAACAGGCGCCCGGGCUCUGCGCCGUGGUGACUUCGCAUCGCAACGAUCGAUUUCUGAUGAUGUUGACUCAAUCGGGGAAUGUGCGUCCCUUCUGCAUCCCGACCACGCUUGGGUAGCCGGCUCUCGUCGAGGAUCUUCUCAAUCCGAAACAUUGGAAGUAGAAGUCUACCAGCUCGGAAAAGACUUUUCUCGAUCUUUGCCUGGAUCGCGUCGCUCUUCUUUCCAACAACAAGAAAAAGACGGCGUUGGCGAAGUGGUGCCGCGUCGCAACGAGCGUCGCCGGUCGUCGUGCGUACGCCGUGACCCGGACGACAUCCUGCGCUCACUCCGCGCCGUCAAGGGAGAGCUGGGCCGUACCCUCUCCCUCUCUGGCUCCACCGCCAGGCGCACGGCGACGGGCCGCAAGGGCAGCAUGUGGGCGGCGGUGCCGGCGGCUGCGGCUUGCGACGCGCUCGCCGACGACGAAGACGUCGUGCCGCUCGGCCCGGGACAGCUACCUCCACGAAACGCACACUUGCCUCCUCUACACGCAGAAAUGAAUAUCAGCAUCAUUAUGAUCAAGGGACAACUGGAACUCGAGGUAUCUCAUGCGAGGCGAGUGUAUGGCGUGAACGGUGAAGUUCCGGACUCGUAUGUUAAAUGCUAUCUGCGAGACGGCGACAAAUGGCUACAUAAACGCAAAACACGCGUCAUCAGACGUACGACCGAGCCUCACUUUAAGCAAACCCUAAAAUAUCAAGCGAGCGAGGCUCUUGGUCGUACUCUGGUGGUGAUGCUGUGGCAGCGUUGCGGCGGAUUCGAGCACAACCUGGCACUGGGCGGUGCAGAGAUAUGCUUAGAUAAGUUGACGCUGCCACAGCGCACUUAUGGCUGGUACCCACUAUUCCCGGCCACGUCCUUCGCCGCUGACGAGUCGCCAGACUGAUCCAGGGAGCCGUCGCCGGAGCGCCGCGAUGACUACUAGCGCACCCACGACGGCCUACAAACCUGUAUACCACUUAUCAAUCGUAUUACAUAUCACUUAUCAAUCGAACUCAAGUUACACUAGAUCUUAAUCAACAUCAUCAUCAGCCUUUAUCUGCCCACUGCUGAACAUAGGCCUUCUCCAAUGCCUUCCAAAAGAUUUUUUUUUUUGGUCAGGAGGAAAUCGCCGGUCUUCCGCCCUCCCCUGGGGAUGGAGGGCGGGGCAUGUCGGAGUCGAACUGACUAAAACCUCCUGUCGCUCAACAACCCGCGUCCGAACCUCGCAUGAGACUGAACCCAUGAAAACGCAAAGGGGGGAGAGUGAAGCGUUUAGUGCGGAGCACAUCACUCCCAUCACCCUCCCCCUUCCAAAAGAUCUUAAUGCAUUAAAAUAAUUACAAAACCUAGCACAAAUCGCGACAGAUAAAUAGGUCUAUUUUAAUUUGAUUUCCUCAAAUUUUAUUUCAUUCUAUUACACUAUACAUCUUAUCGACAAUUAUGAGACAAGAUGUCGAUGAACAAAUGAUGAACAAUCGAUGUUACCUAACCUAGUCUAAGCCUAGGAACCUAAAUAAAACGAACAAAGCGACAUAUGUCUUCUAUUGUCAGAAAUGAUGAAAAACCACACGUUUCAAUUUGACCACAAAUUUGAACGCUCGUGCUAUGUCAUACGAUUGAUAAAAUACCGCAAAACCGCGUUGCUUAUUUCGCCGAUCCCACUGCUGCCCUAUGUGGAUCGAUAAAUACAUAAUAUGUGUAAAUAUUUUCAGGAAUUGCUAAAUAUAUUAAAAAUGUAAUCGUAUAUAUGAAUUACGUAUUGUCUUCUUCGACAGAUCCCUAAAUGCUUAUAUAAUAAUUAAAACGUUUCUCUUAGGGCGUACCUUUUUAAAAAUCUGUCACUUUUUAGACCCUCUUCAAUUACAAACAUUUACAAAAAAUUGUAGUAGAUGGCAGUAGAAAAAACCGACAUAAUAUAUCUUUAACUUUGAAAAUUGAUGUGCCCUUGAAAAGUCCUUCGAAAUGUUGUAUAACUCUGUAGAAAACAUUCCAGAUAGUGUAAGAGAUUAUGUGUGUAGUUACAAAAAAAAAAAAACAUAUUACAUUGUAGUGUGAUCGUACCAAACUUGAAAUAAGUGUUUCUCAUAGAGUAUAAAAUAUUUAAAUUUAUCAAUCAAUAGUUUUAGUGUAAACAAGAUACAUUAGACCUUGAGACUAUCACUUUUCUACGACUUUCGAUUAAGAUUUUGUAGCAUGUAAAACACGUCAUAUAAAUUAAAUGCAUUUAACUUACCGUCUUAGAAAAUGUAAGAUUUCAUUAACUAUUUAUACCUACUCUCUUGUAAAUGACAUAAUCAAAUAACCCCACUUUAAACUUUGCCUUAUGAUCUUUAAAUAUACUUCUAAAGUUACUGUAGUCAGUAAGUGCAUAUAGAUACUAUUCUUCAAAGGUUGUGCUUUAGUGAAGUUCUCAAAUGAACCCAUCCCUUUUUAUAUACUAUCACUCCAUUAAUAUUGUGAAUCCUAUACUUAUAAAAUUAAAUAAGAACUUUAUUUUUCAUAUUUCUACGCACAAACCUCGUGAUAGGAAUUAACUAGUCUUACCUCUAAGGUCAAACACAGCUCUGAAGCAGCAUACUGUAUCUUAAAUAGAUUAUACGAUUUCAAAAUCUGCCAUAUAUAUGUAGAUGUUAUAGCCAAUAUGGUACAUUGUAGUGAAUUUUACAUUUAAAAAUAAAUAUUAUGUAAUUUCUUGUCAUUAACGUACGUAGCUACGAGAGAUAGUGAGCCGUAGAGAGAAUGUUCUCUCCGAGUGAAACAGCGGCCGCCACGUCACAACCGGCCUAGAGCUCUUUUAGUUAGAAACAUACAAAUUUAUAUUUAGGUAUUUCAAUGUUUACAUUAUUAUUAAUAUUAUAAUAUAUUUCGAUUAUUGGUGUUAGAAACUAACUACAUAUCCUAGCGGGAAAUUUGUAAUAUUUUCUAUGUGUGUGAUCUUCCACUAUGUAGCUUCGAGCUCUCAGCUCCUUCGACAAUAUUAUCACGCACUGCACCGAGCAUCGUAGAGCUUACUCCGAGGCGACGCUCGAUUCGAUUUAUUACACUUUUUCAUUCAAAACGAGGUUGUACAUUUCCGAAGAGAGAGAUUUUUUAUCAUUUAAAACAGGUAUUAUUCAUAUAUUUCAAAAGUAUUUAAAAAUUCAUAUUUCUAAAAUAUGUAACGAAUGUACUAUUUACAAUUCUUUAUAUAUACAUAUUAAUUUCACAAAACAUAUAUAUAUUUAUAAGUAAAUAUUUACUAACAUAUUGACGGUAUAUAAAAUGUAAUACAAACGAAUCCGACAUGUCGGAAUCGAUAAACAAUAUACGCUUAUUAUCUUGAUAUUUUAGAAUAAUGAUGAAUGCUCUUACAUAAGCGAAAAUAUCUUUACGUGCCUCGACAAAGAUAACAGUGGGCCCCUCUUUUCUCUACGAACACAUAUCCGAUGUCGGUAAGAGUGCAUACGGUCCAUCUUGAUUAUCUAAUAAUACCGUAACUUAAAGUACGAAUAAAUAAUCAAUGUGAUAACGUAUCGGAUAUCAUACUGUGUAUAUGUAACUUUCUUACUUUAAACUUUAGACGAUUAUUCCUUCUUAGCCCAUCUGAAUUUUUUUCAGUGCAUUCUCUAGUUGACAUUGAAAUGCUUGAAUGGCGGACACGGCCUGCCCCAUUAUUAUGUAAACAGUUACACAUUUAAUGCGAAAUGUAAGAAAUACAAUUACAAGCAACUCUAAAAUCGGUUCCAACAGAUAUUUUCAUAGACAAUUCCAACAAAUAGCAUUUCAAUGUUAAUUGUGGAAAGCAAUGUAAUCAAAACUUUUAGUCGUAAGAAAUGUGUCAAAGAAUAUUAUUUAAAUAAAUGUGAUAAAAAGAGUUUACGAUAGCGAAA